CUUCGCAGGUGAUAAACGGGCCAGUGAGAAAGUGGAGCACAUGGUCAUCAUUAGUUUAUCAUUACAAUAAAAAACCUGUCUUCCUCUAGAUAAAACAUCUAGCUAGUCUUGGGAGAGAAAAUGGGAGGAUUUGUAAAAGUGUCUUUAUUUAAGCACGGCUCUUCAGUAAUGUUGGACUCUUGGGUAAAGUGGAGCGGAACGUUUGGACGCACAGGUGGACUUGCUUGUUGUUUCUGUGCGUGAAAUGAAAAGAGUCUACGAUGAUUUUGGCUUUAAAUUAACUAUGGGCACGCAUAUUCUGGAGUCCAACUCCAGUGGCAACUUGACUCCAGCGGUGACUGAGACUGCGGCUGUCCUCCCGGGCUACCUGGUGGUGAUCUUGUCGGUGCUCAUGGUGACUCUGGUUGUCGUUGUGGUGGCUGGAAACGCGCUGGUCAUCAUGGCUUUUAUCGUGGAUAAAACCCUGAGAAACCAGAGCAACUACUUCUUUCUGAAUCUCGCUAUAUCUGAUUUUCUUGUGGGUGCCUUCUGUAUCCCAGUGUACAUCCCCUACAACCUGACAGGACGGUGGAUGCUGGGUAAGGGUCUCUGCAAGGUGUGGCUGGUCAUGGACUACCUGCUGUGCACCGCCUCAGUCUUCAACAUUGUCCUCAUUAGUUAUGACCGCUUCCUGUCCGUCACAAGAGCAGUUAAAUACAGAGCUCAGAGAAACAUGACCCGCCAGGCUGUGUUUAAGAUGGUGGCAGUGUGGGUGUUGGCCUUCCUCCUCUAUGGCCCUGCCAUCAUCUUCUGGGAGACCAUCGUCGGCGAGAGCAUCGUCCCGACCCACGAGUGCUACGCUGAGUUUUAUUUCACCUGGUACUUUCUGCUCAGUGCUUCUACCUUUGAAUUUUUCACCCCAUUUGUAUCAGUGUCCUUUUUCAACCUCAGCAUCUAUCUGAACAUCCAUCGCAGGAACAAGAAUGGGGGCGCCUGCACUGAAGAUGACAACAAGACUCAAAUGAACAGUAAACACAAAGACGGAAGCGGCUGGUCUGUGUUUUUUGUCAAAACUCGGAAGGUGUCGUCCAGUGAGCCUGCUAUAUCUGCAGUUAUUGAGGAUGAUGACGUCCUGUCCCCCCAUUCCAGCGGGGACCCUAAUACCAGUCAGAUAUUCAUGCAGAGAGAGAGGUUUUCUCCUAACAGAAAAAACUCCAGGCUGUUUCAGCACACAGGCUCCUGCUUGGUGCCCGGCCGUAGGACACAGGGAUCUCGCCUUUCCAGAGACAAAAAGAUUGCCAAAUCUUUGGCCAUUAUUGUCUGCAUUUUUGGGAUCUGCUGGGCUCCUUACACUCUACUAAUGAUUAUCCGUGCUGCCUGUAGCGGUGAAUGUGUGGCGAACUACUGGUACGAGAUUACAUUCUGGCUGCUGUGGCUGAACUCUGCCAUCAACCCGUUCUUGUACCCCCUGUGCCACAGCAGCUUUCGAAGGGCUUUCUCAAAGAUACUGUGUCCUAAAAGACAAUCAGUGCAGCCUCAGAUUGAACCCCAGUCUUGUUAGAUGGACUCAGUUACAUUUCCUUGCUUUAUGAAUGCAGUAACUGUUGUUGGUCAAACUGUAAAAAUCCAUAUACAGUUCUUCCAUGGAUAAAAACAAAAAACCAAAAACCCAGUUGUCAAAAAUAAGAAAAAUGUCUUCAUUAAAGUGAGGACUGUCACAUGAUAUUGGACAGCAAUACAGCAAAACAACAUAGUCAUGAAAUGUGUGCAAGAAAAGGCAAUUUUUGUUAUAUUAUUCGCAAUGACACGGUAAAGCAGUGGCGUCUUGACGCACCUUUAAAAGUGGAUGUAAUUUCCCUUGAUUAAAAUGCCCCUAAGAGCCGAUGUCAGAUUUUUCAAAUGGUAUACAUUUUCAUUUCAAAAUGUGUGCUAGCCGUCACAGUCUCAGAGAGUAGGGCAGGAAGGAGUUAUGUGGUUGAGACGUUCUCACCACUGAGUUCUUUAUGUGCUGAAAGCUGUGAAAUGGUGACUUAUGCAGCCAGAUAGAAGGUGAUUACCAUAAUUUAGUUAUAUUAUAAGUUUGUGAUAUCAUAUAAGAACUACAGCUUUGUUAAAUUAUGGUCUGGCUGAAUGAGGGCACAGAACAGCUCCAGUUUUUCAAAGAGCUCCUGUGAUUCCAACUUUUCAGCACCUAUUUAGAUCAAAUUGGUGGAGUCUGUGGUAUGAUGCUCUUAUGAUGUUUCAUAAUUUCUCUUAUACACAAAAACAUUUCACUGUAGAGUUUUAAAUACACACAUUUUUAAAGAGGCCUUUAGCUUACAGUAUGUCUUCAGAAAGGUCCUUUGCCAAUUGAGGGUUUUCAUCAUGCAGCAAUAGGAUAACACAUGUGGAGUCCUCAAAGUUAAAAGCACAUGAAAAGACGAGAAAACCUGUAUUCGUUGACUGACGUCUAAGUUCGCUUUUAUGACAGUGGUGUCUGAUAUAAUUCUGUGUGAGAAGUGGGCAUGGGGCAGAGUGAACCAUCUGCCAACACUGAAUCUUUUUAUAAAGGUGUUGAGCUUCAAAAUGCCCAGAACAGUAUAGAAUGAAAGCAGCAUUAAAAUCUUUGUCCAAUAAUUUCUAUGCCACACUCGAUGGCUGUGUCCUUUUAGUGCAGUAUUUAUUUAAAGAAUAGAUUUAUCUAUACUACCCAAGCUAGACUACUUUGUACAUUGGCUAUGAAUGUUUGUUGGUGUAAGUAAAAAAAGAAAGAAUAAAAAAAGACUUCCCACAGGCUUCAUCUAUACAUGUAAAUGGUCAAAUUUAGAAGACAGGUAGUGUAUAAGGAAUAGUUUGACAUUUU